AUGACGUCGUCAGCUGCCGCAGAAUCGGACGCUCCUCAGCCAGACAUCUACUUCGGAAGCUCACUUGCAAGAGUCUUCAACUGCGCUUGGAACCCGGGCGAAGAAGUUUCGUGCGAAGUGACCAUGCAUCACAGUCGUGUAAAUGACAGCGACGCAUUGGUGUUCUACGGAGAAAGCAUUACGGCGUCACUUCUUCCCAAACAUCGAAGGACUGGACAGAUGUGGGUGUUCUGGGCUACCACCGACCAGCCGUCAUCUGAAUUGCACGAGAACAUUUCGCCGAUUUCAGGUCUCUUCAAUUGGACUAUGGGACGCCGGAACGAUGCGGAUGUGAUUGUUGCCUACAAGACGUGGUACUGUGGAAACGCCGUUCGAAAGGACCGCAAUCAAGAAAAGAUGGAGGCACACAUGCAGAAGCGGAAACACAGAAAGGACGCAGCAUGGAUUGUCGGGGAGUGCGAACGCGAAACAUUCGUCAAUGUCUCGCGCAAUUCUAUGAGCAACUUGGCCACUGAUCACGAGAGGGAACGUGCCAUCCGCGUUCACCUGUUGACGGCUUGUGGCUCCAAGCAGUGCGGCUCACGACGGGACUGCGUCCGGUAUAUAGCGCAGAGAUAUCAUUUCAUUGUCGUCUCUAACAUGCCGGAGUGUUUCCAAAAUGCCUCCGAACUAAUCUACGACGCCUUCGAACACAACGUGGUGCCCGUGGUGCUUGAGGCCGAGGCCUCACUUGAAUUUCCUCCGAAGUCCGUGAUCAGCUCUUCUACAAUGCGCGGUCCUGGUGAACUGGCGGCGUAUCUCAGAGCACUCAUUGAUAAUCCGAAGCUGUACGACUACCACUUUGCCUGGAAAGAUAACUGCACAGUGACACCACCCGUGGCCGACGGUCUGUGCGCUUUAUGCGGCGCACUUCAUGAGAAACCACUUCGUGAACGACACCACUCCAAUGUUUUGGACUGGUGGAAAAGGCCCAAGAACUGUACCGACACCCUUUUCUCGAUCCUCAGCGAAUCGUUCUUCGUGAAUGAAUGA